AUGGCGGUCAAAAGGCGUCAAAAGACGUUAUCGCAGGGGCGCCCGCCUACCAGCAAGCCGAAAGAGCGCAUGACCUCCCAGCGAUCUCGAACCAUCAUUCGGACCCAUCAUCGAUUACACAAAGAGCACGCGUCUGCUGUCAAGAAGGGUGAUACGAAGCUCGCAGCAAGUAUUGCCAAAGCCAUUGAAGAAAACGGGGGGCUCGAAGUGUAUCAAGCAGCUAGUAAGCAAGGUCAAUCUAAGGAUCGCGGUGGAGACUCGAGCAAGGUACUCGUCGACUGGUUGCUAGGUGCACAUAUUCUCGACCGCACUAAAAAGGCAGUCAAUGAAGAUGCUGCAGAGUCAAUACUUCGAUGCUUGGAAGUUGGGGCACUUUCAACCAACAACGAAAUUUCAAAAUACCCCAAGAAAAUUGAGAUGACGAGAAUCGAUCUAAACAGCCAAGGGACGGGUAUCGAGAGGCAGGACUUUAUGAAGCGUCCGCUUCCGGCCUCAGCAAGUGACCGUUUCGACAUCGUUUCUCUUUCUUUGGUUCUCAAUUACGUGCCAGACCCAGCUCAGAGAGGCGAAAUGUUAAAGCGCGUAACGCAGUUCUUGCGUCGCACCGACCUACAUCAAAACAUCAACGCGCUCGUCCUUCCUGCUUUGUUUCUCGUCCUGCCGUUACCUUGCGUGGAGAACUCUCGGUAUUUGGAUGAACGGGUGCUCCUUCGUAUCAUGACGAACCUUGGCUUUAGCCUGAUGAACGAGAAGAAAACCCCGAAACUGUGCUACUAUCUUUUUAGCCUAACAGGUGCGAGCAAUUCCACAAAGACCGAAAAGAAGAAAGUGAGGGACGGACCGGCCAUGAACAACUUCUGCGUCAUUGUCGACUAA